AUGAGUUCUCUCACCGGACUUUCUCCACUUGAAGCUGUGCUCUUUGAUGUAGAUGGAACACUAUGUGACUCUGAUCCACUCCACUAUGAAGCUUUGCGUGAAAUGCUCCUAAAGAUUGGUUUUAAUGGAGGUGUUCCUAUAACGGAGGAAUUUUUUGUUGAAAAAUUUUCUGGCAAGAUCAACGUUGAUGCUGCCUCAGUUGCCUUUCCUGAGGAUCUGGAACAAGGUUUGAAGUUUGUAGAAGAUAAGGAAGCCAUGUUCCGGAGAUUGGCAAGAGAGCAACUGAAGCCUGUGAAAGGCCUUGAUAAAGUGAGGACAUGGGUUGAAAACCGUGGUCUGAAGAGAGCUGCAGUUACCAAUUCUCCAAGAGAAAAUGCAGAACUCAUGAUCUCAAAACUUGGUCUCUCGGACUUCUUUGAUGUUCUUAUUAUUGGUGAUGAAUGUGAUCGUGGUAAACCUCAUCCCGACCCUUACUUGAAAGCUCUUGAAGUUCUGAAGGCAUCGAAGGAUCAUGCAUUUGUAUUUGAGGAUUCUUUUUCAGGGAUUAUAGCUGGAGUGGCAGCUGGUAUGCCUGUUAUUGGCAUAGCUACACGAAACCCAGAGGAUUUACUGAUGAAAGCAAAGCCUGCUUUUCUGAUUAAGGAUUAUGAGGAUCCAAAGUUGUGGGCAGCUUUAGAAGAAUUUGACAAGCCUGGUGCCGAAAAGUUGGAAUUUCUGGAUAAAAACAUUUAGCAAGGAGUUUGAUGGGCCAAAUUCUGAUGAGCCUUCAUGUCAGAAAAAAUAAAAGGCAAUUAUAAUUUAUCUGCGGGAAGGUUAUGUUUUGUAUCUGACAAUCAACGGUUGUUUCUACAUGUUUUGUAUCUGACAAUGAACCGUUGUUUCAACAAAAAAUUCCUCCGUUAUAGGAACAGCUCCAUUAAAACCAAUCUGACAGCCACCAAGUUGUAUCUUUUGGAGUGGAUCAGAGUCACAGAGUGUUCCAUCUACAUCAAGGAGAUGUUGAACGUGUUGCGUUCCCGUGGCAGAUCCUUCUCCGUGGGAUCAAGGAGAACGUGGCAGUUUU